AUGUUCAAGAAACUAUGGUUCACGUAUUGUUAUUUGGGCCUUCUCUUUGGAAUAGCAUGUUUCACACUCACUUUUUCCUUUGCACAAACCACUGACUAUUCAUGUUUUGGAAUUCCCAGCAAUUCAUCAUCAGAGGUCUGUUCUGGACAUGGUUCAUGUGUGAGUACAGACAUGUGUAAUUGUACCAUGGGUUGGACUGGUUUGAAUUGUUCAAUUUCCACAACUUGUCCAUACAAGGAUGGUUGUUUCACUUAUUCUCUUUCAACCUUACUCAUGAGAUUGGACAAAGAGGUGUAUGGAAUUGCCAUUCAUCCAAGCGGAGAUUAUUUGGUGAGUGUGAAUGGACAUAUUCACAGAUUUGAUCGUUUUUCCUUGUCCAUGACCAUUUUCGCAGGGAACGUAUCUGUAGUUUCAGGUCCUGCAGUUGAUAAUGUCACAGCUUUAAGUGCCACUUUUAAUGGUGCAAGCCAAUUGUGUGUGACAAGCAAAUAUGUUUAUGUUGCCGACACAUACAACCGUGUCGUAAGACAAAUCGAUUUAACAACCAAUAUGGUCUCAUUUGUUUACAACAGCGUAUCGUUUGGAUCCUACUUUUCUGGAGUUGCUGCCUCAAGCGAUGAUUCCACUGUCUAUAUAUCUGACAGUGGAAAUGGACAUAUUAUCAAGUGGACCAGAAGCACAAACACAAACACAGUGGUUGCAACAGGAUUGAAUCAUCCCUCUGGGUUGGCACUCACACCUGAAGGUGAUUUAUUCAUUGCUGACACUUACAACCAUGUCAUUCGAAAACUAUUUGCGAAUGGCACGUUGACCAUUUUCGCAGGAACUUUAGGGGUGCCUAGGUAUGGAGGCGACAAUGGUCAAGCAACCUCAGCUUUUUUGCAAUAUCCAACGAGUGUUGCCUACAAUAGUGUUCUGAAUGAGCUGUAUAUCGCAGACAAGUAUAAUUGUGUAAUUCGAAAAGUGGACAGAAAUGGAAUGAUUUUCACCAUUGAUUCUGGAAAUAUACUUUCUUUUAAUACAGAUUUUGGUUCUCGCGUCGAUUAUGCCACUGACCUCGUUGUGGACAUUUCCAGGCAAGAGAUCAUCCUGACGGACUAUAAAGCAACAAUCGGGGCAGUUCGAAAAGUCUCGAUUGGGUGCGAGAGAGGUUUCAUUUGGUCCUCCAACUUUUCCAUGUGUGUGAGAGAACCAUGUCAUGAUGACAACUGUAGAAUUAGCACUGACGUGAACUACUCUAUCUCCAAUGUAUUGACCAAUUUGGAAGACACUCUCUAUGGAGUUGCUACCCUCAACUUGGGAUAUGGUGAUUAUUUAGUCAGCGUUGCUGGAUACGUCUACAGAUUUUUCAUAUACGAUUUAGGACGGUCAAAUUUAACAGGCAAUGGUAUUGUGGGGCCUGCAAUCAACAACGUUCCAGCUGCAUUCGCCCAGUAUCAUCAUCCCACACAACUGGCGAUUGAUGGCAGCUUUUUGUACAUUGCAGAUUCAUAUAACUAUGCGGUGAGACAAUAUGACUUUAGUUCUAAAAACGUUUCAAUCAUUUACCAAGCUGCUCCAGUUGGAGAAGGAGGUAUCUUUGGAGUGGCCGCAAAAUAUGACUCUGUCUAUAUUAGUGAUGGAGGAAGAGGACAGGUGAUCCAAUGGAUGAAACGCACAAAUACCAGUGUUGUGGUUGCAACAGGAUUGAAUCAUCCCUCUGGGUUGGCACUCACACCUGAAGGUGAUUUAUUCAUUGCUGACACUUACAACCAUGUCAUUCGAAAACUAUUUGCGAAUGGCACGUUGACCAUUUUCGCAGGAACUUUGGGCAUUUCGGGUUAUGGUGGCGAUGGCGGACCUGCCACUUCUGCCUUAUUAAAUUAUCCCCAAAGUGUGACUUAUAGCUCAGUUUCUAAAGAAGUUUAUAUUGUGGAUCGAUACAACCAUGCGAUCAGAAAGGUAGAUCGGAAUGGAAUGAUCGUCACUGCUGCAGGAAAUGGUCAGCCGGGAGCUCCUGGUUUCCUUAAUGUCAAACAACCAGUACUGAACCAGCCUACGGAUCUUGCCUUUAUCGGCUCACAACCAGAAAUCCUGAUCACCGAUACAGGAAAUGGAGUGUUACGAAAGCUCACCAUCAAUUGCGGGAACAGCAAGUUGUAUCGUUUGUCUUUUGACUAUACCAAGUGUUUACCAAUGUGUUAUAACUUCACAGGUGAUUCGAUCAGUGUUUGUGGUGGUCAUGGGACAUGCAUUGCACCGAACCAAUGUAAAUGCAAUGAGGGAUAUUCCGGUACAGAGUGUGACGUGUUUUCCUGUAAUGGAAUUUUGAAAUCCAGCUCGAGUGUUUGUUCUGGUCGUGGUCGUUGUUAUUCUCUCAACCAAUGCGUAUGCAAUGCUGGAUAUUUUGGUCAAGAUUGUUCAGAACCCAUUUGUUUUGGACUUCCAGCCUCUUUGAACAGUGUUUGUGGAUUCCAUGGCAAAUGUGUUGCUCCAAAUUUGUGUCAAUGUGAAAACAAUCAAUGGGUUGGUUUUGAUUGUUCGGUUCCGACUUGUCUUCAAACGGAAGUAAUUAAUGGCAUUUUGCAAUGCAAGAAUGACAGCUCGGUCAAACAAGAAGUUAAAGAGGAGACAUUGACCAAUGUGGCACAAUUAGACUCAAAGAAUGUCACAUUUGAUAAUUUUCAAAAUAUUCUUGUCCAGUUUCCUUUCAACAUUUCUAAACAAAUUUCAAGUGGAGGAUCAUCCAUGAUUUCAUUGGUGGUUUCCGUUUCACAAAAUGUGACUGCAUUGAAAGAAGAAGUGAGACAAGUUCUUUCACCGAUUGUGAAAAUUGUUCUUUCAAAAGGAAAUGGAGACGAAAUUCAAGUGAAAAAUUUGGCGCAAGGUAUUGAAAUUUCAUUUCCAAAUGUGACCAAUCAAUCUGAAUUGGGAUGUGUUUAUUUUGAUGAAAUUCAACAAGAAUGGAGUCCUGAAGGAAUUGUUUCAAAAUAUGACUCAAUUUCACAAACAAUGAAAUGUUGGACCUCACAUUUGACAUCAUUUGCAGUGAUUGACAUGAAUUUCAAGAAGGCUUCCAACAAAAACAAUCCAAAACCUCCCUCUCCAACUCCACCACCCUCCUUUUCAGUUCAAAAAGAAGAAAGAGCUCAAGUUGAAUCUGCAGCUGCCAUUGCUGCCACUGUUUCAGUGAUUGGAGCACUAUUAGUGUGUGGAGUCAUUGUUGCUGUCACCAUUGUCAUUGUUAUGUUAUCCAGAAGAGCAAAAAAGAAGAAAAAUUCCAUGAUGGAACAUUAA